AUGUUUUUGGCGCGAUCCACGCGGCUGUCUCUCGCGUCACGUGCCCCGCUCAGUCGCCCGUUACUCGUCCACCAAAGACACUUUUCGCCGACCCUCCAGAACGCCUUUUUAUCGGCUAAAAAAGAAGUUACUGCCACCACCGCACGCAAGCCCACCACAGUAGUCGCGUCCCCCAGACCCAAAGGAGCGCUCCGGUUCGAACACAAACGGAGCUUGAAGCCGUCGAAAAACGUCGUCACUGCUCUAACACCAGCCUCUCAGCCCCCUCCGGCCCCCUACAUUGUCAAGAAACGCCACUCGUUUGUCUACCGGUUUUUCAAGUCCAUCUUCACCCGCUGGAGCAAACAGCAGCGGUUGGAACGGCGCCUGAAACGCGAAGAGCGCAAGAAACGACACAAGGCCGGUCAGCCCAAGGGACGAGACAUUGCCCGAUUGCUGUACUACUACAGAGCGACCCGAAAACCAUACUACUUCAAGCACUGGCUGAGAAUGAGUGGAUACAACACGCGCAAAAUCUGGCAGUCCAUCAAGACCAAGUCAGAAACGUUUGUGGCUGAGAAAUUGACCCAGAACAACGAGCCGUUGGAUCUGUCGGAGACGAACCUGGCACCCACAAUCACAGCUUACCCCACCUACUCUCGAAUGCUUCCUGAUGGAACCCAUGAGGUGGAUAUUAAGGGAACCAUCUCUGUGCCUGGAGAAUGGACGUCGCGAAAGAACCGGUUUAUUCUGAACAUGGUCAGAUCGUAUCUCAGUGGCAACUCCGAGGAAAAACUGGAACGAGAUAUUGCCGCAUUGGAAGAAAUUGAGAAGGAGAGACAGGGCCGAAUGAGUACUAGGGGGUUCAGAAAUGGAGCACAGAGUGCCAGUACCCCGGAUUUGAUUGAUUUGGACGGAUCUGAGUCGGUUUCGUCUAGAUCGACUACUUCUUCACGUGCUUCAUCCGUGAGGGAUGGAUAUGAAUCUCCCUCGCGUGAUUCCCCUACUGCCGGUAGAAGACGAGUCCCCCCUCCCCCUGCUAGUCGCAUCUAUUCCAGCAGAACAACCACUAUUGCCAGCAGCAUCUCGCUGGACUCCACUGCCAGUUCUCAAUCACUCCCCGCUGACUCUUCCCUGGAAGACACAAUCAUGAAGGAGCGGUUUGCGCCAUUUGUGGCUCAGCCGCUCGUCAACGCCGUCCUCGAUGUCACCAUUAUAGACGACAAUGAGCACGCCACGUCGACGACUCUGCAUUCCCACACUUCGGGUAAGUUUGGAACUGCUUUGCGGCUCGAUUUCAAGCCAACAAUCAUGAAAAUCCAUGUCAGAAACACACCCUAUUCGGUCCAGCAGGAUCUCAUCGAUGUGUCAUAUGAGGGAGUGUCUCUGAUUUCCGAUAUUGAUGACACCAUCAAACACACUGGAGUGACUGGAGACAAAAAGGCCAUGAUCAAGAACGUGUUUGUGAAGGAUCUGGACGGCCUGAGUAUCCCUGGAGUGGUGGAGUGGUACAACAAGUUGUCAGGACUGGGUGUUCAGACCCAUUACGUCUCGAAUUCACCCUGGCAGCUGUACCCGGUCAUCAAGGAGUAUUUGCACAUGCACGGCUUCCCUAGAGGAUCCAUUCAUCUGAAAGACUACGCUGGAGUCUUGUCUCAGCUUUUUGAAGCCCCUGCUGAACGAAAGAAGUUUAAUUUGGAGCAGAUUCUGCGAGACUUCCCCCAGCGACGCUUCAUUCUCGUUGGAGACUCCGGAGAGGGUGAUCUGGAGGCCUACGUGGAACUUGCCAAGGUCUAUCCCCAACAGAUUCUCGGCAUCUAUAUUCGAGACAUUACGUCUGACCGAGAACUGGACUACGACUUUCUUAGAGUCGAAAUUGCUGCUCUCAAAAAGGAGGCUGAUGAACGAGAACGACCAAUGAAAGUGGCGCGCAAGCCUGUUCAGCCUGUAAACCUCAUGGACUCUCCUAUCGGCAAGAAAGUGCCUCCUCCUGUUCCUAGAAAGCCCGUUGGUCUUGCUGGAAAGAAGACCGAUGAGAACGUCGACCGAGAACACACUGGAAAACCGGACUCCGCUGCGUCCAAUGCUGCCAUCGCUGCUACAGCGGCCUAUGGAGCCCCCCCUCUGCCUCCGAGACGCAAGAUUCAGCCUGAGACUAUGAGAAGCAUUUCUGAUCAGGUCACCAGUGGAUCUAUGAACGUGGCAGCAUCUCAGGAGACGGAUGAGACACCUAGACUGUACUCUGACAAUGAUCGGCAGUUCAAGUGGAAGGAGCGGGUGAGACGAGCGCGAAGGGAGUUACCUGCUAAUGUCAGAUUGAGACUAUGGAAGGAGCCUCCAAAGGUCGAAGGGGAGACACUGGAGCUGGCAAAGACGGUGGAAAAGGAACCUAUUAAGGAGCUGUUAUAG